AUGGAUUGUAAAUUAAUAUUGACCUUUUGCCAACAACAACAACAACAACAAACUUGGUUGAUUCUAAAAUUAAUAAAUAACAACAGAAGUAGUAGUAGUUCUGUUGUUACAAAAGACAGAGAUAGAGAGAUGUUUAAAAGAAAGAGAUCAGACGAAGCAUUGAGCCUUGAAACUCAAUAUAUUCAACAACAACCGCCACCAAUACAACAACAUUAUCAACAAUACCCAAUACAACAACAACCACUUCAACAACAACAUUCUCCAUAUUCAAUAAGUAAUCUAAAUAUAGAUAGUGGAAGUAGUAGUAGUGGAAGUGAGGGAGAAGAUGACAAGAUAUUAAAGAUAAGGAAACUUGAAAUUAGAUCUAUCAUCACUUUUAAUCUAAUCAUUUAUUAUUAUUAUUAUACUCUUAGACCAACUAUUCCUCUACAGCAACUGCAGCUACAACCACAACAAAUACUACAACAAUAUAAUAAUAAUAAUAAUAUCCCUCAUCAUCAGCAUACUACUCAACAACAACAACAAUAUAAUAACGUUGAUCAUACUCAUCACCAUCAACAACCUCAUCAACCUCAUCAUAAUACACAUUUUGUAAAUAAUAAUCACCAUCAACCUCAUCCUCAACAUCAUAUACCAAUUACACCAACUAUAAUCGAACAAUAUAAUCAUAGUCAACAACAACAACAGCAACAGCAACAAACAAUACCGAUACACAAUAAUACCAAUACUACCAAUAAUACCAACCAAUACUCAAAUAUAAACAAUACACUUCGAAAUGCACAUAUCGACAGAAUGCGAUUACGUUAUGGUCUCAAACCUCUUCAAGAGACAUAA